AUGCCAGCUAUAGAUUUAUCAGAAUAUAAGGAGUACACGUCGGCAAGUUUUAAUAGUGCACAACAUGCCAAUAAGCUACUUUUAGAAACUAAUGAUCCACAAGAUUCAACAAUAGAUCUAGACACUGCAAUAAAACGUCUUGGAUUUGAUCUAAAAGAUAUAAGCUCUAAAAUUGAGGAGAUGAUGCAGACGAAUACCAGUACUUUUGUUAAGGAAUUCGAAAAAGUGGAACAAUUAAAAGUAAAAACUGAAUCUGUAAAGCCAUCAAUUAAUCAGCUAAAGCUAUCGUUUCAAAGGUUAAAUGAUGAAAUUGUUAAGCCUUACAACCAGUGCACUAAUCUUCAAAUGGCAUUGAAAAGAAUCCAUCAAACUAACCAGUUAUUGAGAUCACUCACUUAUGCAACUCAUCUACUUGCUAAAAUUGAAGAGCUUGACAAAUCUGAAAAUGCAUUGGCUACUAAACCCUUUAAAACAUUAAACACUUUGGCUUCUCUUUUGCGUGAAUUUAGUAACUAUAUUAGAAAGAGCAAUUUGGGUAUGAUUAGAAUAAUAAGAGACUAUUCCCAAUUCACAACGAUUCUAAUGAAAAGGUGUGAUACAGUCAUCCAGUAUCAGACUAAAAAUUUAUUGAAGUUCCCAAUCCAAGAAUAUGUUAAUCCAGCACACAUAUCGACAAAUAAUCCCGAAGAGAAAUCUCUUUUCAAUAUCAUAUCAGCAUCUGUCUCCUUGGACAUCAAGAAGGCGACUGCGAUUAUUGAGUUAUUCUACACCGCAAGUUCAAAACACUCAGUAAAUUUGAUUUUGAGAAACUUGAAUAAUACCAAGUACUUACCUCCUUAUAUAAGGUCACUGGAGAGACCUGCAAAAUUAGUAUCACAGCUUGAAAAGGAGCUGAAGGCAAUUAAAAUGAAUGAUGCUUCGACAAGUUUGUGGAAUUUCCUACUUGAUGACGAGCCAUUCGUACUAUUGACCAGAGAUGAAAUGGAAAACAUUAGCUUAUUGGAUAAGUUUUGGAGAGAUGUAGCACUCGGCAUUGAUUCGGGCGUCAAGGAAAUAGUAAAUAAGGGAGGUCCAAUUGUUAAUAGCUUAAAAAAAAUCAAACCACAAUUGGAACUAGAAGUUACUAAACUUGUUACAAGUUCUUAUGAAGAAUACGGCUCACAAAAGGGGAAAAUUGAAACCAGAAUGAUGGUCAACUCCGUCACCAACUUCGAGAGGAGAAAAUGA